AUGUUUCUGCUUGUGGCUGUUCCAGAAGUCCUUCUGCUUUUGGGCUGGGUGUGCAGAUCAGAAGGCCUUUGCCCACCCACCACAUUUUACAAAAACUGUUGGAUCCGACGGUUCCCAGGCCUUUCAAUUGACCUGGAGCACUCGCAGAAGCAAGGGGCCCACAUCCUCAACACUUAUGCUGCGUCCACCGCAGGACAGUGCAGCCGAGCCUGCUGCGUCCAUAAGGAUGUUUCCUGUAACUUGGCUGUUUUCUACUACAAAACCGAUAUCCAGGAUAUGAACUGCAUUCACAUGUAUUGCCCAGUGCUGGAAAGCUGCAUAGUGAAACCUACAGGCAGCGUGGUCCUCUACAAUAUUACCCCAGGGGUUGAUCCUGAUCUUCUUGUUUUUGAGAAGCUCUUGUCCAAAGAUAUAAACACCAGGUCUUCUUUUAAUAAGUGGGAGAGGCAUGGCGGGGCACGGGUUGCUGACCUAGAACCAUACCAGGAUGAACUCUCCUCCCCAAGAUUCCUUCUCCUGGAGGCCUCCCCUCCCACAAGGGCCCCAAAGCCAGCGGUGGACAGGAGUACCAGGAGCUCAGCAGCAGAUGCUUCCAACAGGAACUCACCCGUCACGUUUCUGGCGUUGGCUUCAGCGACGGACCAUUCUGUGAAAGCAGUACAGGUUCUCCCAGAGAGGAACAGCACCACUUCCAACAAUGCCAGGUCAUCUCCUGUCUCUGUACUUGCACCCAUCCAGGUGGCAUCACUAUCACCUGGCACGGUCCGUCCAAAUAACAGCAAACACUCGAACGAAACCAAAGUCUAUGGUGGAGGGAACAACAGUUCCAAUGAUGACGGCCAGCAGCCCACGCAGGAGACUCAAGCCGCUGCCUUUGUUUGA